AUGGGUUCAGCUCAAGUGACCGUGCAUCCAGUAUACGGGUCGAUGUUCUCGGAGUUGAGGCAAUUCCCGCGGGUGGAAGUAGUAUACCACCCGAACUGCCGCCUUCCGGACCACGUGGACAGGUCCUACCAGGCGUAUAUUCAGAGGGUGGCAAAGGCGCGCGACGCUCCUGACCCAGACCUAAAUGGGAGGUACCACUUCAAGUUCUGCGCAAUGCCGAAGAAGGUGCUGCCGCUGAAGAGCGCCACGCCCGACUUCAGACCGGAGACGGGCACGCCGCCCGCCCUCGAUCGGCGCCCUCGCCACCGCGGAACCCAGAGCGUUUUCAGGGAGUCUUCGGCACAGACAGUGCCCUGGCAGGCGGAGAUCCGCGUCGCCGAGGGCUGCAAAGACACUCCAGAAGUCCUGUACCUCGACAAGAUGCAGUGGGGACCUGGUGAUCCGUUCCGGAAGGGUGAUCUGCCCGCAGACUUCCACACCACAGAGAUCAUAAACAAGAUGCGGCACGCGCGCAAAUGGAUGGAGCUAGUCGACAAGGGCCAGUUUCCCGGCUGGAUGAAGGGCCGCGACGAGAUCAUAACGGACGUGGAGACCAAAGACUGGAUAUUCAGGGAGGCGGAAAUAGACGAGCUCCAGGACAUCCGUCUGACGUUGCUGCACCGUCUCCAAUCUGAGAGCAGGCUGCAGAAGACUGGCCGCGUCAGCUCCAAGCUCGCCAAGCUCUGGGCCCACAAGAAGCAGGAGAUGGAGAGGAAGAUUGAGAACAUACGACGGACGAGAGACAGAGAGCUGAGGAAGCUGACAGCCCAGCACAAUCGGGGCGGUCGCGUGGGGCAGGUGCAGGGGAUGAGGACGGCGCGGGGGGGUGGGCCCCCCACGGCGUCCGCAUGCGACCCCACAUCUGACCUCCACGCGCCCCUGGCGAGGCACGGACGCCAGGCCCGCAGGAGGCACGCGGAGAUCUACUACGACCCUUCUUUGUUGGUCCUCGAGGACCACGUGAAGGCGGCCGAGCCGCCCGCCUGGCUGGAGAGCUGCGGCCAGGACUUGAGGCGCAGCUGCUCCGGGCACCACGUCGCCCGCGACCCCACGCGGCUCUGCGAGCGCGAGACCAAGUGGAGCGAGCGGUUCCUGGAGAACCUGCACAACGACCUGAAGAAGGCUCGUCUCGGCGCCUCCAUUAUGGCCGCUGGCCCCCUGAGGGUGUUAAAGCCACGGAAGAGGGCUGUCACACCCAGACCCCCCACUCCCGAAGUGGAGGGUGUAGACGACUCUGAGGAGGACAAUUACCAGUCGGCGCUCCUCCUACAAAAGACCAUAAGGGGACGAGCUGUUCAGAACUUGAUGUUCGAGGGUCGUACCCGCGCCGCCGAGCUCACCGAGGAGCUGAAGACGACGCACGGACUCCAGAAAGAGGACAAGGUCAGGAUCGCGAAGGACGAGACCAGGGCGAGGGAGCACAUCGCGGCGCGCACGGAGGCAGACCAGAAGGAGGAGGCGAUAUCAGCUCUAGUGGACGAGCUCUGCGGUGGUGCCGUGGCGGCCGCCCUGGACUUCCUGGAGAAGGAGUUGCGCCGGCUGAAGAUGGAGAGGAGGCAGCACGCGUUCAUACUGAUCGCUCUGCGGGAGAAGUCGAUGCGUGAAGCGGCCGAGGCCGGUAGACGUCAGAAGGAGGAGCACAGGAGACGGGAACACGACGAGAUGUUCAAACAGGUCCUCGGGGUGACCCAGGAGACGGUGGACGCCUACCUCCGCGAGAUAGUCCAGGAGGGCGUGGAGCUGGCGGCGGAAGAGGACGCCGUCAGGAUGGUCCAGGCCAGGGCGGACAGGAUGGAAGCGGAUAUGAGGGACCACGGCUCCAUGUCCACGGCGGAGCAGAACGAGCUGGUCGCCGAGCUGGUGCAGCAGUUCCUGCUGCCCGAGGCUCAUAAGGCCGCUUCUAGGCACAGGAUCUCGAACAUCCAGGGGGCCAAGGUGGACGCCGCCAGGCGCUCCAUAUUCGGGCUGAUUGAUGACUCGUGGGUCGAAGAAGGAGUGUGUACCCGUUGCGGUGGGCCCCUGGACGGGGAGUGCCGCUGCCGCUCGUGUCCUAUCGAAAUGCAACCAGAAGAAACCACUUCCAGGAACGACCCUCGCUGGAAACACACCAGGAGCCGCCCACAGGUUAUCAGGGCAGGCGACGAGCGUUUCCCGCUCGAACACGAACUACGCUACAGGCUAAACGACAUCGUGCAUGAUGCCGUGACGGAGUCAAGACGCCGCGCGAUGGACACGCAACGCUUGACCCUGGACUUGAAGCAGGCGAUACUCGAGGGCUACGAGGUCCAAAUAGAAGCCAAGCAACGCGUCGAGGAGGCUCUGGAUAGGGCAUUCGGCGAGCCACCGGCGGCGUCCAAGCCAUAUCACUACUUCAUGGCGAGACGGAUCUCCGACGCGAUGGGACGCACGGAGCCCUAUCCGGGUAAAUCCUGUCCCGUCGAGCUGCCGUCUGAGAUGAGACGUAGGUUGGAGCAGAACAAAGAAGAUGACGAGUGCCGUUGCGACGAAGAGGAGACCGUGCUACCGGAGCCCUCCUUGACGGACGAGCGAGGGUCGCGUCUGCUGCCCUCUCAGCUGAGGGCAUUGGAGGAGGCGAAACGGUGCAAGUGUGACCUGGAGCCAUCGUCCGAGGGCGAAGAAGCUGCUUCUGAUGAGAUCACAGAUUAUGAUGUCGAACAAUCCACAGAAGGCGAUGAAGGGAAC